AUGGCUCUCCAGUCUUCUGCCACUCGUAUCGAAACCGAUGCCUUCGGUGAAAUCCAGGUCCCCGCGGACAAGUACUGGGGUGCCCAGACCCAGCGUUCUCUGGGUAACUUCGACAUCAACCAGCCCCAGGACCGUAUGCCCGAGGCUGUUGUCAAGGCUUUCGGUGUCCUGAAGGGUGCUGCUGCCACCGUCAACAUGAAGUUCGGCCUUGACCCCAAGAUCGGUGAGGCCAUCAAGCAGGCCGCCGCUGAGGUUGCUGAGGGCAAGCUGAACGACCACUUCCCCCUCGUCGUCUGGCAGACUGGUUCCGGUACCCAGUCCAACAUGAACUCCAACGAGGUCAUCUCGAACCGUGCCAUCGAAAUCCUGGGUGGUGAGAAGGGCAGCAAGAAGCCCGUCCACCCCAACGACCACGUGAACAUGUCUGCCUCCUCCAACGAUUCCUUCCCCACCGCCAUGCACAUCGCUGCCGUCGUGGAGCUUGAGAACACCCUGCUCCCUGCCCUGCAGAGCCUCCGUGAUGCUCUCCAGGUCAAGGUCGAGAAGUUCGACAAGAUCAUCAAGAUCGGUCGUACCCACUUGCAGGAUGCCACCCCUCUUACUCUCGGCCAGGAGUUUUCUGGCUACGUUGCGCAGCUCGACCGCAACAUCGAGCGUGUUCAGGCCUCGAUCCCCCACCUCCGCUACCUUGCCCAGGGUGGUACUGCCGUCGGAACCGGUCUGAACACCUUCAAGGGCUUCGAUGAGGCCAUCGCCGCCGAGGUUACCAAGAUGACCGGUACUCAGUUCUACACUGCCCCCAACAAGUUCGAGGUCCUUGCCGCCCACGACUCCGUCGUUGAGGCCUCCGGCUCCUUGAACACCCUGGCUGGCUCUCUCUUCAAGAUCGCCCAGGACAUCCGUUACCUCGGAUCCGGUCCCCGUUGCGGUCUGGGUGAGCUGUCUCUUCCCGAGAACGAGCCUGGCUCUUCCAUCAUGCCUGGCAAGGUCAACCCCACCCAGUGCGAGUCCCUCACCAUGGUCUGCGCUCAGGUCAUGGGUAACCACGUCGCUGCCACUAUUGGUGGCAUGAACGGUCAGUUCGAGCUCAACGUUUUCAAGCCCGUUAUGAUCCGCAACCUGCUCCACAGCGUGCGCAUCCUUGCGGACGGUAUGAAGAGCUUCGAGAAGAACCUGGUGCACGGUCUCGAGGCCAACGAGCCCAGAAUCAACGCUCUCCUCCACGAGAGUCUGAUGCUUGUUACCUGCCUGAACCCCGUUAUCGGUUACGACAUGGCCUCCAAGGUCGCCAAGAACGCCCACAAGAAGGGUCUCACCCUCAAGCAGAGUGCCAUGGAGCUCAAGGCUCUGAGCGAGGAGGACUUCGACAAGUACGUUCGUCCCGAGCUGAUGCUGAGCCCCAAGGAGAAGAAAUAG